AUGAUUGCGUUAGCUUGUAUUUAUUCGAUUUCAAUUAUAUUGAUUCGUCGCUUUCACACCAUCAAUAAUGUCUUUACUGUCAAUCUCUGUUUUGCUGCUAUCUGUUGCGGAAUCUAUUGGCUACUCAAUCUCACUCUAUCAGUAGUCAAUCCCCAACUCUACACGAAUGUCACAGCAUGUCGUAUUAUUGGCUAUUUGGAAAUCAUGUGCACAUUGCAGGUGCCACUGGCACUAAUCGAAGUCUCGUGCUAUCGACUGUGUUGCAUAGUUUACCACACAAAAGCAUUCUUCCGCCGAAAACAGUGGAUUAUUACAUGUGUUCUGAGUCAAUGGACAUUCGGCAUUCUAAUUUCCCUACUUCGACCCAUUUCUGUUGGCUCGUUAUGUCAAGAUCCAGCGUGGAUGAAUAUUUGUGUAUUCACAAUAACAGUCAUCACACCUUCAGUGACUUGUCUGGUGAUGAAUUUAAUUAUCUUCAAUCAUGUUCGUUCGUCCACAAAUCGUAUCGAACCAUCGAUUGCACUAACCAAACAUACUCUUCACCAUCACAUCACCCGACGUGAUCUCCGCCUACUUCAACAUAUGAUCAUCAUGUUUUGCAUCUUUCUUGUUGGUUGGGCUCCAACCUAUUUGUACUCAUUUUUUGCGACAACUAAUACCAAUCCCGCAAUAUUCAAAAUUUUCAUGCUAGGUGCGGAAUUGUCCAUUACUGUCGACAUCAUCAACUUAUUUUCGUACAACCAUGAACUGAGACAGUAUCUGAAAACUAAAUUUCUUAGACGUUACUAA